AUGCACGUUCAAUCACUUCACAUUCGCGCCGUUUUCAUCCGCGAACCAAAAAACAAGCCGAAACCUAUUCUGAUCCUUGCUGACUCUCUUGCUUUUCAGACGUUUGUGAAUCGUGACCUAAAAUCACUCAGUAUGGUCUUCACUGAAUUCGUCCAGAUCGGCGGUGUCGUCUACGUCCCAUCCCUCAAGAAGGCCUGCGCCAUCACCAACGUUAUCGACCUCAACCGACUUCUCGUCGACGACGGAAACCUCAACCGAUACACCGUCUCUGUCAAGGCCAUCCAAAUCACCGACCUUUCCGUCAAGAUCAACGUUGGCGCCCGACCCGGCACUGUCAAGAAGGCUUUCGCCGCCGCCGAUAUCGCCAACAAGUUCGCCGAGACUGACUUGGCCAAGGGAAUUGCCCGAAAGAACAUCCGAGCUAACUUGACCGACUUCGACCGAUUCAAGCUCAUGCGAUUGAAGCAGGCCCGCAACCGAAUCGUCAAGGCUGAGCUCGGCAAGUUGCGAAGAAAGAAGUAA